GAACAGAGGAAGUGGUUUUUGGGAAGGUUGGAGGAAGCAUCCUCCUUUUAUGCCGAAAUGUCUCCAAAGAAGCAACCGAGGUGCUCUGGAUCACCUUCCCCCCGGAUGUCCGCUUCUCCCUGGUCGACAACAGCUCUCUGAGCAUCACGGAGCUGCGUGUGCAGGAUGAGGGCAACUACACCUGCAAGGAGGUGCUGAACAAGACGGACCAUGAGCACAGGGUCCAGCUCCUGGUGGCCAAUCCGCCACAGUCAACUCCAAAGUGCUGGGCUGAGACCUCCUCGUCGGGGCUGAUGCUGCAGCUGGUUUGCAGCUGGCCGGGGGGGUAUCCCCACCCCACCCUGCACUGGAGAGAAGAGGGACAGGAUCUGGAGAACUCAAGCUGGGUCCUCAGCUCCACAAGCUCCUCGGACACCCAUGUGGAAACGCUCAACAGCUCCCAGCUCUCCCACCACAAAGUGUUCAAGUGUGUCGGGAGCCACGUGGUCAGGCAGGAGGAAACCACGUGCACUGUGGAGAUAAAAAUCCCUUCACUGGAAUCAGAGCCCCCACAGACCUGCUUUGUGGGUGACAGUGUGACCCUGACGUGCCGAGUGACUGAGAGCACCCCAGCAGCCAGGCUCACGUGGCUGCGGGGCAUCACCCAGCCAGGGGCAGAGAUCCAGCCUGGCGGCAGGUACCUCAUCGCCCAGGAGGGCAACGUGUCCCGGCUCACCAUCCAGAACUGCUCCCAGGCCACCGAUGGAGGCUGCUACGUCUGCAAGGCUCAGAACCCCGUGGGGCUGAGGGAGCUCUUCGUCUGCCUCACAGUGAAGCAGCCAGUGAACAUCGUUGGGGUCGUGGGUGCUGUGGUGGUCCUGUCCCUGCUGGCUGUCCUCACUGUCACCGGGGUUGUCCUGUACUACAGUCCCCUCCUGUGCCUCAGAGGUGCUGCAUUCAGGAAUCAAGACUCGGGUGAUGUCUUAGUGCUGGUGGACUCAGAUGACGAUGAUGGGAAUGGGGAAGAAGAGGCCAUGAGCAGCUCCACCAAGCAGGAGGUGUUGGCGCUGGUCAAUGGGGGCAGCGUUUGGGCUCCUUAUCUCGGCUGCCUUAUGGAAGGUGCCUUUUGA